UUUCUAGAUUGAUUCCUGGCUUUUUUCCAGGUUAAAGGAACAGUUUUUAUGACCGAUAACGGUGGCGCAGUUGUUGACAUCAUAGCAAAAGCUUCGGCAUCCUUGCCUGUCCAAGAGGCCUGUAUUCAUAGAAUUAAGCAUGUAUCAGAGGCCGGCAUAUAUCCAGGAUUGGUUGAAGAGUUUGUUAUAAUUGGUGAGAAGCCUUCUGAUGAUAGCUUGAUUUUAAGUUUGCGGGCAAUACAGUAUGAUCUUGCAUGGGAAAGGUGUCGACAGCUCCAGGCUGAAGACGUUGUUGUGAAGGGUAAGGUUGUAGGGGGAAAUAAAGGAGGUGUGGUGGCGGUCGUGGAAGGCCUUCGUGGUUUUGUUCCAUUUUCACAAAUCUCUACGAAAUCAACUGCCGAAGAACUCAUCGAUAAAGAGCUGCCUCUGAAAUUUGUAGAGGUUGAUGAGGAACAAUCAAGACUGGUACUUAGCAACCGCAAGGCUAUGGCUGAUAGUCAGGCUCAGCUCGGAAUUGGAUCGGUUGUCCUUGGAACAGUACAGAGUUUGAAACCAUAUGGUGCCUUUAUCGACAUUGGCGGGAUUAAUGGUCUUCUCCAUGUUAGCCAGAUUAGUCAUGACCGAGUUUCUGACAUUUCAACCGUACUUCAACCCGGUGACACCCUCAAGGUGAUGAUAUUAAGCCAUGAUCGGGAAAGAGGCCGAGUGAGUCUUUCAACAAAGAAGCUCGAACCAACACCCGGUGACAUGAUUCGUAAUCCUAAACUCGUGUUUGAAAAAGCCGACGAGAUGGCUCAGACUUUCCGACAGAGAAUUGCUCAAGCAGAGGCAAUGGCACGAGCCGACAUGUUGAGAUUUCAGCCAGAGAGCGGAUUAAGUCUUAGCUCAGACGGGAUUCUCGGCCCACUUACGCCGGACUUACCAGCCGAAGGACUGGAUUUAUCUGAUAUUCCCCCAGCAGAAGAAGAAGCAGCUUACAGCGAAUAGAAUAUUGUCGAAUUUUUUGUAUCUGUUAUCAAUUCAAACUUGUUUGCAGAGGAGAUAAAAUGUCAAAAAGUGUUCUCAGUACAUGAAUAUGUAACCAUGAUGAACAUGUUUGCAGGUUUGCAAGCAUUGCUCAUGAAGUGUAGUUUUUGUUGAUUUGGUUUCACAUUCUCUGAA